GCUGCAGUCCGUCUUCCCUUCAAAAACUUGGAAUGAUUUCAAAUCAUAGGCACCUUCACUUAACCCUAGCUUCCAUUCAUCAGCAAACACAUCGGAUCGAUGCUACGCUAACCUAUCGGGUUUUCGCUCCGCGCGUUCAGGUUAAAUGAAUACCUGACGAAAGGGCCCACGUUUCAAGGCAGUGACAUUUGAUAGCUGAGAGGAAAAGUGGCUUUAAUGAAAAGCAACCUUUGGAAUUCCUGCUUGUGAGAAAUCCAAUUCAGCUUUUUGUGCUGCCAGCAAGAAAUGAUCAGUAGCACCAGUGUUUAUGGCUUGAAGAUGCAGUGGACGCCGGAGCAUGCCCAGUGGCCAGAACAGCACUUUGACAUCACCUCCACCACUCGGUCUCCCGCCCACAAAGUUGACGCUUACAGAGGUCAUCUGCAGCGCACCUACCAGUAUGCCUGGGCAAAUGAUGACAUAUCUGCUCUGACUGCAUCCAACCUACUAAAAAAAUAUGCAGAGAAGUAUUCUGGCAUUUUGGAAGGCCCGGUGGACCGACCUGUACUCAGCAACUACUCCGAUGCACCAUCAGGACUAGUGAACGGUCGGAAAAAUGAAAGCGAACCGUGGCAGCCUUCCUUGAAUUCAGACGCUGUUUAUCCCAUGAACUGUGUUCCGGAUGUUAUCACUGCCAGCAAAGCUGGAGUCAGUUCAGCCCUCCCUCCAGCAGAUGUCUCUGCAAGUAUAGGGAGCUCUCCUGGGGUGGCCAGCAACCUGACAGAGCCUAGUUAUUCAAGUAGUACCUGUGGAAGCCACACUGUACCUAGUCUUCAUACAGGGCUCCCAUCUCAGGAAUAUGCCCCAGGAUACAACGGCUCAUAUUUGCAUUCUACUUACAGCAGCCAGCCAGCACCUGCACUUCCUUCACCUCAUCCUUCUCCCUUGCAUAGCUCUGGGCUCCUACAGCCACCACCUCCUCCUCCUCCACCACCAGCCCUGGUCCCAGGCUACAAUGGGACUUCUAACCUCUCCAGUUAUAGCUAUCCCUCUGCUAGCUAUCCUCCUCAUACUGCUGUGGGAUCUGGGUACAGCCCAGGGGGUGCACCCCCUCCUCCUUCAGCAUACCUGCCUUCAGGAAUUCCUGCUCCCACCCCCCUGCCCCCCACCACUGUUCCUGGCUACACCUACCAGGGUCAUGGUUUGACACCUAUCGCACCCGCGGCUCUGACAAACAGUUCGGCAAGUUCUCUCAAAAGGAAAGCUUUCUAUAUGGCAGGGCAAGGAGACAUGGACUCCAGUUAUGGAAAUUACAGCUAUGGCCAACAGAGAUCUACCCAGAGUCCUAUGUACAGAAUGCCCGACAACAGCAUUUCAAACUCAAAUCGGGGGAAUGGCUUUGACAGAAGUGCUGAAACAUCAUCCUUAGCAUUUAAGCCAACGAAGCAGCUAAUGUCCUCUGAACAGCAAAGGAAAUUCAGCAGCCAGUCCAGUAGGGCUCUGACCCCUCCUUCCUACAGUACUGCUAAAAAUUCAUUGGGAUCAAGAUCCAGUGAAUCCUUCGGGAAGUACACUUCACCAGUAAUGAGUGAGCGUGGGGAUGAGCACAGGCAGCUCCUCUCCCAUCCAAUGCAAGGCCCUGGGCUCCGUGCAGCUACCUCAUCCAACCACUCUGUGGACGAGCAACUGAAGAAUACUGACACGCACCUCAUUGACCUGGUAACCAAUGAGAUUAUCACCCAAGGACCGCCAGUGGACUGGAAUGACAUUGCUGGUCUCGACCUGGUAAAGGCUGUCAUUAAAGAGGAGGUUUUGUGGCCAGUGUUGAGGUCAGAUGCAUUCAGUGGACUGACGGCCUUGCCUCGGAGCAUCCUUUUAUUUGGACCUCGGGGAACAGGCAAAACAUUAUUGGGCAGAUGCAUAGCUAGUCAGCUGGGGGCCACGUUUUUCAAAAUUGCUGGUUCUGGACUUAUCGCCAAGUGGUUAGGAGAAGCAGAGAAAAUUAUCCAUGCCUCUUUCCUUGUGGCCAGGUGUCGCCAGCCCUCGGUGAUUUUUGUCAGUGACAUUGACAUGCUUCUCUCCUCUCAAGUGAGUGAGGAGCACAGUCCAGUCAGUCGGAUGAGAACCGAAUUCCUGAUGCAGCUGGACACUGUACUAACUUCGGCUGAGGACCAAAUUGUAGUAAUUUGUGCCACCAGUAAACCAGAAGACAUAGAUGAAUCUCUUCGGAGGUACUUCAUGAAACGACUUUUAAUCCCACUUCCUGACAGCACAGCGAGGCACCAGAUAAUAGUACAACUGCUCUCACAGCACAAUUACUGUCUCAAUGACAAGGAGUUUGCACUGCUCGUCCAGCGCACAGAAGGCUUUUCUGGACUAGACGUGGCUCAUUUGUGUCAGGAAGCAGCGGUGGGCCCUCUCCAUGCCAUGCCAGCCACAGACCUUUCAGCCAUUAUGCCCAGCCAGUUGAGACCCGUUACAUAUCAAGACUUUGAAAAUGCUUUCUGCAAGAUUCAGCCUAGCAUAUCUCAAAAAGAGCUUGAUAUGUAUGUUGAAUGGAACAAAAUGUUUGGUUGCAGUCAGUGAUAACUUCUUUAAAAAAAAAUGUAAUGAAUGUUGGCACACACACAUAAAACCUGCUACAUAGGGUAUAGAGCCCCUUUCCAGUAGUGUUUAAAUUGCAAAGGGUACUGGGGAAGAAGACGAUUAAGUUGCAUCUUUAGAGUCAGGGUAGAUUUGGAGGAAAAAUGCAUCCAAUGAGAGCUUCUGAUUUGAAAGCCCCAGAUGACAUAAAGCAUCUGCUGAUGCUCAGUUCGGUUCAAGCUAGACAACACUCACCAAGGAGCAAGGUGCAAGUGUGUUGAUUUCAGAAGGACAUGAACCUCGUGUGUUGAUUCCAUUCUGCUGUUCUCGAGAUUUAGUUGCUGUCAAGUGCCUGGAGUGGUGCUUUAUUUUUUGUUUGCCUCACAAUUACAUUGGUGGCAUGUGCUAAUAUAA